AUAUAUUAAAAGAACUUAAUCACAAAGCUACUGUUAUUUUUCUUAUUUCUUACAUAGCCUUAUAUUGUCAUAAUUUUCAUGUAACCUUAUAAAACCUCAAGUGCCUAAAGCCAUUAGUUCAAAUUUAGCACCUGUUAUAAGCUCUCAAUGUGUAAUCCUCAACCUUUCCAGUCUAAAAGGAGGCAUUAGGAUGGAAUAUAGCUAUGGUUUGGGAAAACUGAUUAAAACUGUAUCAGAAUCCCAAAGAGGGAAAUGAUAGCUACAAAGCUCUGCUCACAGGCUUAGUGGUGUUUCUCUUAGCAGAGUUUACAGAGUUUCAGUGUUUCUGGCCCUCAGGUUGCUCUUCAUGUAAUUCACAUUUAAUUCCCAGGCACAGUAUUGUCUGGACUUUUCUCUUCAUUAUUUAAAGUUUACUAAUAUAGAAUAGGCCACAAGCCUUUCUAAUAAUACUAUGUUUUUUUCUAAAGAAGGUUCUGAAUUUGAGAAUUGUUUUAUAUGAGAAUGUUGUGACUUAUCAUCAACUGCAGAAAUAUUUUUCAAAGUAUGGUCCAAGAGAUAAUGGUUGUCAGCUGCUAUAAAGAUGUGUUUAUCACUUGAAAAGGACUAAUUAAUAUUACUGUAGGGAAGCUUCUUUAAACACAGCCAUUUUCUGAAAGGAAGACAAUGAAGGGGAGAAAAUAAAACAAGGAACAUUUUAUUAUACCUUAUAAAAAGCUCAGUGUAGCUAUCCUACUGAAAUAAUGUAAUUAAAGGGAAUUAAAUGGGUUGGGUAAAGAAAUUUUUUAAAACUAGCCCCUUGAAAAGGAAUAGAAUUAAGCAGGAUCAUCUUUUAAACCCAAAUUCUGUCUGCACAUACAUUUUAAUUAACAUAGUAUUUAUUGAAUGACAAGCUGAGUUGGCAGCUACAAGCAGAGUAUAUUAUGUUGAGAUCUGCCUUGAAGGAUGGAUGAUGAGGCUAGGGUAUGGCAGCCUCAAAUGCCCACGCCAAGAAAUAGCUGAUGGCAUGAGGGACCAUCACGUAUUUUGACCAGGGAACAGAGGAUCUGAUAUGAACUUUAGUUUCUCUCUUGUCAAAUGAAAACAUAUAGAAAGCAAGGAUUUGAUCUUUUGUGUUUUUUUUGUAUAACACCAAUACCAAUUCUAGCCUGUCAGGGCAAAGUCAAUAAUAAUUAAUAGCUGUUGAUGAAGCCUGUCAUGCUAGAAUUGAUUUUUUAAUAAGCAGGCUAAUAAGUGAAAAUUUACGUAAAUUCUUUUAAGAACAACUCUUAAGGCGAUUUUCACAACCUUUUAUAUUCAUUAUGCAUCCAGUAGGUAUGAUGGUGGAUGAUUUAGCUUUAGCAUAGAGAAUGUGGCAGAUGAUUGAAAAAAAAAAUUGCAGUGCUUCUGUCUUAAUGAGAGAACUUGACUUGUCGAAGGAAAUAAGAGGUCACAGGAGGUCUCUUGGGAAAAAAAGAACAAUGAGCUUGGUUCCAGCUGACAAAAAUUUACCCUAAUGAUUUGACCAGCUAACGAUGAUGACUGGGUGAGUUCCCUGAGUCCACUGACCCGGAUGUUCUAAUUUGUAAAUGCAAAGUGACUUCUUUAUCAGCCUUCUGGGGAAAUCUUCAGAGCUGUGAACCUGCUGCCUUCAGUAAUCUUGCUAUCCAGAGCUCCGGGCUGUUCUCAGAUGAAAUUUUAGAAACAGGCCACUGGAGCUUUCCGGGUAAGGGCUUCAGAGGUGGCCAAAGUACCAGCAGUCGGGGAAUGAGGUUUAUCUGCCCUGGUAAUCAGCACUUGAUUUAAGACAAUCAGUGGGGUGCCUCUUUUCUUCUAGGUUGCAGUUGAUUGGGGUUGGCUGGGGCUGAGUUGUUUGGGAAGCAGGAGUUUUGCCUAGCGUGAGUCAGCACUGCUUGGGUAAACUGCCUGCUCUGUUGCAAUCCUGCUUGCCAAAGAUACGUCCCCAGGCGGCACCAUUCACUUUGCCUGAAAGCCGCUGCUCUUGGUUCCUGAGAUGAUCUCAUCUGAAUGUGGCUCCAACGGCUUCAGCUCGAGGCAGCUUGCUUUCUACCAGGGCAAUGUUUUGAAACAGGCAAAAUCAGAUUUUAUCAUGUGGGCAACCUGCUGCAACUGGUUCUGCCUGGAUGGACAGCCUGAGGAGGUCCCACCAGCCCAGGGAGCCAGGACGCAGGCCUAUUCCAACCCUGGGUACAGCUCCUUCCCUUCCCCAACAGGCUCAGAACCAAGCUGCCGGGCCUGUGGGGCCCAUUUCGCAAACACGGCCAGGAAGCAGACCUGCUUGGACUGUAAGAAAAAUUUCUGCAUGACCUGUUCGAGCCAAGUGGGGAAUGGGCCCCGCCUCUGCCUUCUCUGCCAACGGUUCCGAGCCACAGCCUUUCAGCGGGAGGAGCUCAUGAAGAUGAAGGUGAAGGACCUGAGGGACUAUCUCAGCCUCCAUGACAUCUCUACCGAAAUGUGCCGGGAGAAAGAAGAGCUGGUGUUCUUGGUGCUUGGCCAGCAGCCUAUAAUCUCCCAAGAGGGCAGGACUUGUGCCCCCACCUUGUCCCCGGACCUCCCCGAGCAGCAGGCCUUCCUGAGCCAGCCUCACACCAGCACGGUACCUCCUACCUCACCCAGCUCCUCUGCAUCUGCACAGGCCACCUCUGUCCCCUCAGCCCAGGCUCAGGAGCAUCAGCAGGCCAAUGGCCAUGUGUCUCAGGACUACGAAGAGCCCGCCUACCUGGAGAGCACAGCCAGAGCACCUGCUGAGGACGAGACCCAGUCCAUUGACUCAGAGGACAGCUUCGUCCCAGGUCGGAGGGCCUCUCUGUCCGACCUGACCGAUCUGGAGGACAUUGAAGGCCUGACGGUGCGGCAGCUGAAAGAGAUCCUGGCUCGCAACUUCGUCAACUACAAGGGCUGCUGUGAGAAGUGGGAGCUGAUGGAGAGGGUGACGCGGCUGUACAAGGAUCAGAAAGGACUGCAGCACCUGGUGUGUGGCGCUGAAGACCAAAACGGGGGAGCAGUGCCAUCCAGCGUGGAGGAGAACCUGUGUAAGAUCUGCAUGGACUCACCCAUUGACUGUGUUCUGCUGGAGUGUGGCCACAUGGUAACCUGUACCAAGUGUGGCAAACGCAUGAAUGAGUGUCCCAUCUGCCGGCAGUAUGUGAUCCGAGCUGUGCACGUCUUCCGGUCCUGAGGGCUUGCAUCUGCUUCUUCAGUGCCUUACAGGGACGUAGCCUGGGAUGUCAGGGCUCAGGGUUGGCCAGCUUGCAGAGGGGGCAAGUUAAGAAAUUUUGCAGUGUUCCCAAGAUCAGGGCAAGCAGAUACCAUGUUACCGUGGGCAUGCCUGUCUUGCCGUGGGGGUACACCUUUUGACUGGCAAAGCUCCUGAGACCAGUGGGGACAGCUACAAAUCACACGGUGAGUCCUUAUUUCAGUGAUCUUGAGGUGAUGAUGGUACAUGAUGAAAAGACUUGCUAGAACUUCGACCAUGUCUUCCUCCCUUCCUCUGAGAACCUAGGCAGUUCCACCCUUCCUCUUGUACCCCACCCAUCAUCUGGAGAUGCUUGCCUUUGUGUUUCAUCAAUCAAAAGUCCUGUCAGAAAUGGUUCUCUUCCUUUCUUAGCACAUUUGGAUUUAAAUUACUGGUCUCUGGCUUUCUGUGCUUUAAUAAUCUUUGCUAAAGUCUCUUGCUACAUUGCCUAAAAUCCAUUUGUUUCUUUGGACCAAAAAUGUUAGUUUACCAGACCAAUUGUCUUUAGGAUAGAAUUUGGACCAGUAAAUUUAACUCUGAAAUGAUACACAAAUGCUAUCAAAAAACUUCAGUUGUUAAGAGUUGCUUCCUUAAGUGCUGGUACUGGAAGCUAUCAGUAGUCUUUGACCUAAGCCAACAAGCAUCUGGCUUCCAAACUGCUGGGAAAUCCGUCUCUAUGCAGGGGGUGGUGCAUGGAUAAUCUCUGCUGCUUCCUCUCUUGGGGCCUGACUUUGCACCAUCUUUUAGUUUGAGGAAAGCAGAAGUGUUGGGUAAAGGCAGUGGCUUUCUGCUUAACUUUGGCUUUGCUUCUGAGCCUCUUUUUGCAAUAGGCAGGGGUCUUAAACCACUUUCCGCUGAAAAUGAAGUCCCUUCCCUACUCAUGAGGUUUUAAACUUGUUCUCACCCAAAGCACAGAGACUUAGGCAAAGAACUUUGCUCUCCUCUUUAGCCAGAUGAGAGUUCCUGGCUAGAGGAACCUAUAAGAACACCUAAGAGGUGUUGGAAGGUACCGAAUGAGGCUGGAUUCUGCCUGUGGCCAGAUAGCUGAAAGUCUUAAUUGCCCUGGUUGGUGAGGAGUCCCUACUUGCAUUUUCCCUUCUUAGCCUACUGAUUUUGGGGGACAGGUCAGGGAAGAAGCAUUCUCUAGGCCGUUUAGGAAGAACCAUGGAAUGAGUAGGUGAUGUUUUUGAGCCACCUUAGGGUCUUUAGACCACUGGAGGAACUGAAGGGCUUAAGUUUGCUGGAGAAGCUUAGCCAAACACAGAACACACAUGCUAUCAGGAAAGCUGUGUGUCCUUCUGUUAGCAAUGGAUGAACUAUGCAAACCCUAAACACCUGAGGGCCCCCCCUUGCCGUAGCUGAGCUCCCCUGAGACUAGAAGAACCAAUCAUGACUCUGGGUGGUAGUGGGAAACCUCUAAAGGGACCUAUUGGUGCAGACGUACUUAUGCUUUUGCUUCUUCAUCAACCACUGAACCCUUUCGGGAGUAUGAAAUAAUUUCAAAUAGUUGUCAGAUGAACACUGGGCCACUUACCUCGACAUGAUACCAAGGCCUGGAUGAUUUGAUUCUGGGCUGAAGCUUUUGUAGGAGUUGGGGGAAUCAGAGAUUUUCCCAUGAAAAUAUCACCUUUCUGGCAGACAAUAAAUGCUAUAGUUUACAAUGCCUACCAGUUUAGCAAAGGAUCAUUCAUUCAUUCAGCUACUCUUUAAUUCCACUGUGAAACAGGUCUAUGUACAUGCUACUCAGUUAACAUGUAGCAAUAACUUCAGGGCAGAAGCUAGCUCUCUCCCUACUUAAAACUUUUCUCUACUCAAGCCCUACCUCCCCAUUUUCCUCCUAGAUACAAGCUGAAAAUAAUAUACUGAUGGCUAGUUAGUAACCUCAGUAAGAAUUAGAACUGAUGUCAUUUACUCAUUUUGGAGAAAGAACUUGCCUUUAAAUGUUUUGUCCUCUUAUGGUGAAGGUUUCCAUUUAGGAAGAAAGGUGUCAACCCUGAUUUUUUUUUUGUAUCAUUUUUAUUAUUACAACAAAUAAAAGUUGGAAGUCCCAACAUCCCAUUCCAGUUAAUAUCUAACCCAAGUAUAAAACUUGAUUUUUUAAAAAUCCUUGAAUCCUCCCUCUUGCCCAUCAUGAAUCCUUGGUUUUAAUUAUCAUGGAAACAUCUAAUUCUCCCAAUUAUUCCGUGGCUUUUGCUGUGAUUGCUCUGAGAUUUCAGUUGAGACUUAAGACUUGGACAGCUGACUCGUUCAUAAUACAUUGGAAUAGUUGGAUCCAAACUAAUAAGCUGUACAGGAAUCAGUGCUCAAUAUAUAUUGUAUAAAUUUGUUGAAAUCUCUUAGAUGUGAAUUUGUUACUUCAAGUGGCUUAUAUUAAGAUUUUCUCAAACUUGGGGGUUUAAAGCAAACCCAAAUGUGUAUUUUUUUGUGUUAUACAGAGCUCUGCUUUAUAAUUUUGUAAUAAAGUUUCAAUACAGA